CAUGGGUUAGGAAGCAGUAAGACUUGAUUAACUCUCUUUCUAUCUCGCUUUCUUCUCUUCCUUACAAUUUCCUAUCAUAUUUUCAUUUCUUUUAUAUAUGUAUGCAUCAAUGAUGUAAUUAUAAAAUUUUUUUUCUCAUUUCCGAUCAUAGACUUUUAGAAUUUGUUUUUGUGGGAUUUUUUUAUAUGGAGAAAGGAAGGAAGAGGAAAAUGGAGAAGGAAGGAGAAGAAGAUGAAAAUGAGCAGAUGCAGAAGUUUUUUGCUUUGAUUAGAAAUACCAAGGACAUGCACGAUCGAUUGAGGAACCUCCCGCAAGGAUCGAAGGAGAAGGAAGAGGAGAGAAAGGUCGCGGUUUGGAAUCCGAUGUUCCAACCGGAGGAUUUCAUGGAGCAUGCCAAGUCCGAACAUCUUCCCCUACCAACUCAAGCAGCGGGCCCUUCUUCUUCAAAAAAGGAGCAACAACGAAAGGAAGAAGAAGAUGAUGCCAAGGAUAAAGCAGAAGAUGAAGGUAGUGGACUCGACCUAAAGCUUUCUCUGUAGUAUUAACCUGUAUGGAUCAAAUUUUUAAUGGGAUUUUUUUUUUUAU